UCGCCAGGGCAGGGAGUGGCCGUGCAGCUGCUCCACGAGGAGGGCACCCGCCCCUCCUGGGGACCCUGCUGGCCCGGUUUUGGGGUAUCCCACUAGAGGGGCUGCCCAGCCCCGGGAUGUGCCGUGGCCCCUCAGCUCUGGACCAUCCGAGAUGGUUUUGCUGAUGUGUCACAUUUUCUGCAUUUCUUUCCUCAUUCCUCCCUCCCUGGAGCCGUUUCUGGGAAUGAGCUCGUCCCCUGCCAGGGCCAAAUUUCCUCCCGCCCUUCCCUGCCCUGCCUGCUGCCCUGCUGCCCAUCCUUCCUUCCCACUGUCCUGUCCUGGUGGCCUUUGCACUGUGCCUGGCCUUGUCCCUGCACUGCAGGGCACCACGGUAAAGGGCAGGGCUGGAGCUGGGCCAGAGCAGUGUCGGGGACAGGGACAGGGACAGGGACAGGGACAGGGACAGGGACGCUGCCCCAAGAGCGUGUGUGGAGCACACGUGUGCACAGGAGCCUGGGGCUGGGACCCUGCUCUGCCCCGUGACCCGUCCCAUGGCCGGGCAUGGGACAGAAAGCCUGGCCCGGUGCCACAGAUCCACCCGAUGCCGUGUCCAGGAGGAGCCGUAUCCGUCCCGGUCCCUCAGGAAGGACGGAGGGGAGUGGGAGCGGGAGUGGGACGGCUCCAGCUCGGAUCUGUGGGGUUCCAGCCCUGGACGGAGCAGCCCAGCCCAGGCACGAACCCCUGCUCAGCUGGAGCUCAGCGAGGAGCCCCUGGGUGCAUCCAGGCACGGCCUUGAAAGGGACAGGGGCCUUGGGGGGAUCCCAGCCCCCUACAGAGCGUUGCUCAGCCCGUGUCCCACAGAUGCCGAGCACGUGCCGUCCCUGGAGCCGCUGAGAACUGCCAGGAGCAGGAUGGAGAGCCGCCGGAGGGACAUGGAGCUGCUCAGCAACAGCAUGGCCGCGUACGCCCACAUCCGAGCCAACCCCGAGAGCUUCGGGCUCUACUUCGUGCUGGGCGUCUGCUUCGGGCUGGUGCUCACCCUGUGCCUGCUGGUGCUGCGCUUGUCCUGCCGGCUCUCCCCGCGGCCCCCGGAGCGCCCCGGAGACCUCAGCGAGGACGACGAGGACGAGGACGAGGACGAAGAGGACACCGUGGACCGCGCAGCGUCGGAGUCGCUGCUGCCGGUGACGGAGAUCCCUCUGGAGAGCCACGGCCCCGGGGACGGGGCGCUGGCCGUGAAUGUGUUCGCGUCGGCCGAGGAGCUGGAGCGGGCGCAGCGGCUGGAGGAGCGGGAGCGCAUCAUCCGCGAGAUCUGGCGCAACGGGCAGCCCGACAUCCUGGGAUCCGGCACCAUCGGCACCCUGGGCCGCGUCCACUACUACUGAGGCUGGCAGUGCCCUGGCGCGGUGCCGGCACCCCACAGCUGACCCCACACCGUGCCAGGAGGGACCAGGGGGGACCAGGGGGGACCAGGGGGUGCUGCUCGCUGCCCCUGAGCUGCCUUGGAUUGUCCCCGCACCGCGGAGAGCCAGACCUGGUGUCACAGGGCCGGACUCGCCCGCGCCGCUGUGGGACGCCACGAUGCACUUUGAGCCAUUGGUACGACGGCUGGCAGCAGCCGAGCAGCCCCGGGACACGCGGGGACAGGGACAAGGACAGGGACAAGGACAGGGCAGCCCUUCCUGCCCGGCUCAGCCGGGACGUGGCGAGGGUUUCACCGCGUGGGGCAGGACCGGGCUGUCCCACAAACAUGGUGCUGUCGUACAGGAACCAGAGCCCAGCGUGGCGGGUCCUGCGUUUCGGGGGCCCUGGACACAGGGACGCUCUGGGCUCUUCCUCGAGCCAAUUCCCUUCCCGGCCCCACUAAAAUUAGCCGGGUCUUUUCUGGCACCGCCCGCCGUGACCCAGCGCCCUGCGGCCGGAGCAGGGCGGAUGUUCCCGCUGGACUCUGGGCCGGCCGCUGCUCCCCAGGGAUGCGGCAGCUCCCGCCGGGCUGAGCCGCAUCCUGCCCCGCUCCCAGCCCGGCCCCGCGGGGUGCCGGGCCCCACUGCCCCCUCCUCGGCAGCUUUAUAAAAAUAGCUCCUUCCCAGGCUGGUUCCCCCCACCGCCGCCAGCGCCAGCAGGAUCCAGAUGUUUUCCAGAUGUUCUCCAGUGGCUGGAGGCCAGGAUGUGCUGGGGCUGGAGCUGGCCUGGGAAACUGUGCGGGGGUGGAGGAGCGGGAGGAGGGGGAGGAGGAGGAGACCCUGUCCCGACCCCGUCACGGGCUCUGGUGGGACCCCUUGUGCCAUGGUGGGACCCUUUGAGCCCAGCCCAACCCUUCAGGGACACAGCAGCCAACAGCGGAGCCCUGAGCACCCCCACGCAGCACUUUGUACCCAAAAUAGUUUAUUUUAAACAA